AUGAUUCGGAAUCGACGUCGCUCAGUUCCUGCAGGAACAGCUGCUCCUUUGUCACCUCCACCAAGUCAGAACUCGAACUAUUGGUCCCCAGCACUGGUCACAUCGAACGCCCUCCCUCAAAUAACACGUUCUCCCACCACAUCGUUUCAAGAUUAUCCCAGAAGCAAUGGGUCCAAGGUUUUAAAGCAGGCAGAGGCGCUUGCGAAUAUGAGCUUUGAACUCAAUCUACGUGCCGUCUGCGCCCUCGCGAAUCGCCUCGAACAAGAUGUCCGAAUGCUGGUCUUACGUACCGCCAAUGAUCAAGAGUUCAGGCGCCAGAACGAAGAAAGAAUGACAAAAAUGAUGCAAGAAAUCCAGGUAGUCAAGAUUCGUAUGGCUCAGUUUGAUGGCAGCCAGCCUGCCACGCAAGCAGGUAUUGAGAAACUACAGCAAGAGAUGAACAACACUACACUGGGAUGGAACAAACAAUUGGAUGAUGCGAGGGCCAAAGUGGAUGAUAUAUCAAGUCGGAUGCAACCAGAUACUGAUACAAUCGUCGUAAACACAAAUGAUCCGGAGCCGAAUACACCCCCAACUUUAGGAGUAGAGACCCGGGCAAUGCGAAGGGCAAGGGCACAACUGGGUUCAAGUAACCAAAAACAACAAAGCUCUCCUAAGUCCUUAGACUUCGAGUCCCGCAUUAACGAAGCUAUCAACUCUACUAAACGCUGGAACCGCGAGCACAAGGUGACAAAGAUGAGAGACAAUCAGUUCAUCAUCAGUUAUUUCAAGAAACAAGGCCAACGGGAUCACGAACUCGCCGAGAUCCUUCAGCAGACGAUACAGAAGCGUGCACCAAGAGCAUACAAGACAAGGUCUCGGAAGACACAGACUCCACAAAGCCUCGAGGAGCUUUGUCGCAACAUAUCAUGGCAAGACGUUAUAGAUACAGCGACAGAAGUUCUUGUAGUCAACAGAUCACAGACUUUACGAGCCUUGGGACAAGUUUGA